AUGAUUUCUUAUUUAUGCAUAGAACUAAUAGGUACCAAUGAUGUCGAAUUUAUAAACGCCGAAUCUUCGUACCAUGAUAACUUUACCUCUCAUCAAACCAAAUCAUUUUUUGCUUCUACUCCAUUUAACACUAAGUUAUUUACCGAAGUAGUUGAGCAGGAAAAUAAUAAUACCGAAGUAAAUAACUCAUUUGAUAGUCUGAAUGGAAGAAGAUUAGUCAAUAUAAGAUAUAUUUUUGAGUCGAUACAGUCAAUAAAACAUCAAGGGUUUGAUUGUACAUUCCGUGACUUAGAAUUUACUAAAGAGAAGAGAAAAGGGUUUUUCAGUACUUUUUGUUUUACUUGCAAAUUAUGUGGCUCAAAAGAAACUAUUAAUAGUGAAGAUCCUUCUGAUAACGUAAAUAUAAAUGCUAAUAUGGCAGUCGUGUCUGCUGUUGUAAAUACUGGUCAAGGAUAUGGUCAACUUGAAGAAUUUGCUGCAACGUUGAAUAUGCCGGUAAUUUCUAAUAGAAUGUAUCAAGAAAUGCAUUCAAAAGUGUUUCAUUACACCCACAAAAUCGCUUUGGAGGGAAUGUUAUUAGCAAGAAAAGAAGAAGGUAGACUCGCUGUUGAAAGGGGCGAUGUAGACCAGUAUGGACGUCCAAAAAUAGCUGUUGUAGCUGACGGUACUUGGAGUAAACGAUCCUAUAGAACCAACUAUAAUGCAUUAUCUGGCGUUGCUUGUAUUAUUGGAGCAGUUACUAAAAAAGUUAUAUUUUUCGGCGUGAGAAAUAAAUUCUGUUGUGUAUGUUUUUCGGCCAAAAAACUCGAUAAAGAGCCAGGUCCUCAUCAUUGUUUUUUAAAUUGGGGUGGACCUUCCACAGCUAUGGAAGCCGACAUCAUUGUUGACGGAUUUAAACAUAGUUUAGAGAUGCACAAUCUUAUUUAUUCGCAGCUGAUUGGUGAUGGAGAUAGCAGCGUUAUGAAACGUUUACGCAUUGCUAAGCCAUAUGGACCUAAUUGCAUUGUACAAAAAGUUGAAUGUACUAACCAUUUAUUGCGAAACUACAUCAACCGAUUAAGAGAUUUAACAAGCAAACGGAAAAAUUCGAAAGGUGAGCCAAUACCGGGUUAUCUUAGAAAAAUUAUUCAAACUCGUCUGUUACGAUUACGGUACGCUGUCACCGAAGCUGUAAAAUAUAAUCGACAACUUCAAACAAAUAUACCAUAUGAAACCCGAUUAAUGGUUCUAAAAUCAGAUUUGGUAAAUGGGCCCAACCAUGUGUUUGGAGAUCAUACCAACUGUAGACAGUACUUCUGCCAGGGCACAAAAGAAGGUGAAGAUAAUCUUGUCGAUGAACUAAAGCGAUUCGAACUAUGGGAUGAUAUUAUACGUGCUAGAAAUUUACUGACUUAGGUACCACACGGAAAGUCUUAUGUAUAAUUUUAAUAAUAACGCGGCAGAACUGUAUAACUCAAUCUUGGUCAAAUUUAUCGGAGGAAAACGGAUUAACUUUUCUCACAAAGGUGACAUUUGAAUUUUUGUAAACCUACAUGCAUUAUAAUAUUAAAUUAAC